CUCCAGCCUCCCACCCAGUACAACACUGAUGCUGUUGUUUAGUGGAGGAAUGAAAAACAAGUGAAUGGGUACACUUUAUAACUACUUAUCUAUUCAGUGUGUUGAACAAGGAUAUCUCUAGCGGUGUAUAUAUAUGUGUUGUUCAUCAGUGUUUACCUGAAGUAGAUCAACUCUCUGUAAAGUGUCGGGGAAGUGAUACCAAGUUUUGUCUAUGGUGGUGUUAUCCAACACUUAGAACUCGCCCUUUGAUAUUAAAUUCAUCCAGGCAUAUCCAUAGCAUUCGACUACAGAUGAGGAUAGAGUUGGUCCACAGAUAGUUUGUCGGACUGUAUCACGGACGUGUAAGUAAUAGGAGACGACUCCGUAUUGACAGUCUAGCAGUGACACUUUUUAUUAUUGUUGUAGAGACUAGCCGGGGUGGACGCUAUAUUGAAGGUCUUUUUUUAUCCACCACCGAACACGGAUGGGAGGGAAGAAAAAAAAAGUCAGCACAAGGAUUUAUGACUAAGCGUGGCAGUAUCUAGUUCUCAAUGUAGGCACUUCUGUGUACAGUAGAGAGAAUUUGAAUCUGUGUACCCACUUGACUACUCCAGAUGAGCUCAGUUAGAUUUUCGCUAGCUCUUCGACUGUUGAGAAGGAAAAACACAGGCGUAUAAACAGGAUUCUGGAAUACAGGCUUCUAGGGAAUCAUUGUGCGUAAAAAAAAUUACAACCAGGUCUAGUGGGAUAGUGUAUGUGUUGGCUCUAUAGGAAAGAGCUCCGGAGUUUCUCCCAUCCCUGACCUCCUCAGGCCAAAGGGGAGAGUUUGUGACCCAGUCUCUCUCCGACCUAGUUUUGACCUAGAAUACGAUAUAUCUGUGAUCAUUGUAAAGGAAGACAGACCAUAAUGGAAUCACUUAGUGGGCGGAAGACUAGCUCCGAGCCUCCUAGUGUUGCCUCUACUGCGCUUCACAAGCUUGCUGCCAACCUGAAUAAUCUGGAUAUACAUCAGUACCUCUAUGACGACGCGGUGAAGAUGGAUUUGAGUUUUGAAGACUCAAACAGUAACAGCAUGCCAUCGAUGUCAAAUCCGUACCGGCCAAUGGACGUUCGCGUGGCAGAGGAUGUCCAUAAGGCACGGAAGAACAAGGAAGACAAAUAUUGUGGGGUGUGUGGGGACAGGGCACUUGGCUACAACUUUGAUGCCAUUUCUUGUGAAUCUUGUAAGGCUUUCUUCCGAAGAAAUGCUCCAAAGGGUUUGGAAUAUUUCAAAUGUCCAUACGAAGAGAAAUGUAAGAUGGAUGUCUCCAAUCGACGCUUCUGUAAGAGAUGUCGACUGAGGAAAUGUUUUGAAAUUGGCAUGAGGAAAGAAUACAUCUUGACAGAGGAAGAGAAAAGUCGCAAAAAGCAGAGGAUUGAGGAGAAUAGGUACACGAAGGGACAAAAAGUACGAGAAUGUGAUAGAAAAAAUCAGAUCAGUGACGUCAGCACAUCCAAUAGCUACACUGGGAAGGUGCGGGUUCUUGAACCAGACGAGGAUUACCUCAUCAACGAAGUCGUCAGCGCUUAUCGUCAGUCCCUCGAGGUCAGCAUCGACUCGGAAAUCCCACGAGACAAUGCCUCUUUCUUGGACUUAGUCAAUAUAGCAGAAUUAAGUGUGCGCAGGGUUAUUGAUAUGGCAAAGAAAAUAAAAUCUUUCAAAUCUCUCUCUCAGACGGAUCAGAUCAGCCUGUUAAAAGGAGGAAGUAUAGAGCUGCUUAUCAUCCGAUCCGUUAUCACAUUUGAUAAGGAAAAACAACAUUUUCUGGAUCCUUUCGACAAUGAGAGCAACGCCAUGUCGUUAGAUCAGCUCAAGAUGGGAGAAGGUGGUGGCUUGUUCGAGGAGCACAUGAAAUUUACAAAAUCUUUAGCAAUAGAUUUGAAGGCUGAUGAGACCAUGCUUAUUCUGUUAUUGGUUAUCUCCCUUUUCUCACCGGAUCGUACAAAUGUAACGGACAAAGCAUAUAUCUGUCAGGAACAAGAUAAGUAUGCACUGCUCCUUCUACGUUACAUGGAGUCUAGGUACCCCUCUAGUCUUGUGCGCUCUCUCUAUCCGAAACUUCUGAUGAAACUCACUGACAUUCGCAACCUGAAUGAAGAGCACUCACAUGUUUUGCUCAAGGUAAAUCCGGAGGGUAUCCAGCCUUUGAUGAAAGAGGUCCUUGACCUCAAUGUGAAGAAUGAAAUAGCGUAAUGCAGAUAAAGACCCCAUCAGAAGGGUUUGUGUGAUAUUUGACAGUUGCCAGUCUGGGGUAUACUGCCGGUGAAUAGAUGUGCGUCAUCACAACGCCAGGUGAAAACUGACAAAGUUUGGCGAUAUUCACAGUUCAACUAUGUGCCACAAUUCUCUGCCUUUUAAACCCAGUGGACAUACAUCGUCUUGUAAACAGUGGUUUGACUGGCUUGCCAGCAGAGGAUGGAGUUUCGUGGUUCCGUGAUGGGCUGCGGCGAGGAAGAGGUGAUGUUCAGGUCUGCUUUGUUUACCAUGUACGUUAUCGUGAAACUUUGUCUCGAUAUCAAAUAGACACCCUUCGUCCAUACGGUUAUACGUGUACAGCCAUUUUUGUCCAAGGUUAUUAUGGGAGUAUCAUGGAAUAAGCAUACAAGCAACAGAACAGGAAAAAACGAACGAAAAAUGACAUGUCCAGUUCGCAACAAUAUAUAAUCGACAUAUAUCUCAGGAUGAUUACACGAAAAGUGGACUACUUAGACAUUUAAUGUUGCAAAUUGACAUAAAUUUUGCCAAAUAUUGUUCAAGGUCGUGUCAGCUUACCAAGAUGUGAUUGGUCUGUGUGAAAUCUUUUGUGUUCAUCAGACAAUCUAGAAACACUGAUACUUCUACAACAGACCCAUUUGAAGACUAACAUGCAUAAAGCCUGUUGUAAAAUGUCAUAGGCCAAAGACAGAUUUGUCAUUUGGUGCAGAUUUGAUCUGAUAAAGUUAAGGAAUUGAAUCAUUCUUGUUUAUAAAUUUGUAUCAAUUUCUCCGGUGAUUAAUUUUGGUGUUAAUUGGAUUUUGAAAUGUUGUAAAUUAUGUGGCACAUUGGAGCAGUACUGGAAAUACUGAUAGAAUAAUUAUUUUUUUAUCAGAAGUCUCACCACCUUGAGAAGAUUCAGGUGAAAGUUUAAAGAGGAAGAAAAAAAGACUGAGAAAAUGUUCUGUCCAAGAAACUGUGUAAAACAUGUAAUCUGUUUUGAAUAGAGUUUUUUCUGGGUAUCAUAGUUGUCAUCAGAUGUUUGGCUCAAUUGAACUGGAAUUGUAGGGGACACAACUCCUUCAGUACCACUGACACUUAUAAUAUGGCAUCAAUGAGAGAGUACAUGUAUGUAGAAAUGAUUCCUGUUCUUCAGGAUAAAAAGAAUGUCAGUAACGUAAAAGUUAUAUACCAGGUCAGUGACAUUAGUUAGGUAGAGCAGAAAAGUGCUUCCUCGUAAUUUGUAUGUAUAUUAGUUUAACGCUCAUCAUAUUCAUGUAAAAAGAGAAUUAUUCAAAGGGAGACAAUUCAUUAUUUUGUUUCUUUUGUAGAAAUUCAUUCAUCCAUCAUAAGUACUGAUUCAAGUCACAAUCAAGUGCCACUAUUGGAGGUGGUUGAAGUAAUUAAUUCAAUAUUGCAUCUACUAUGUGAAAUAAAUGUUUUGCCAUGAUUUUGUGCUCAAGUGAAUAUUGUGCAAAUAUAUAAAAGGAGAAAACUGUACAUUUGCCAUCAUAUUUGUUUGCACCUCAAAUAGACACUCCAUGCCUACUUGUCUGAUACUUGUAUAGUCAAUAAGGAAGAAACACUAAUAAUGGUAUAAUGCUGAAACGUUGAAGUGCCUGUUUCUCAUAUCUAUGUGAUAAAAUAAUCGUAGUGUCCAACCUUUAGUGUCCUAAUCAUGUCCCAUCAUUAUCGCCCUAUAUUUCUUACAGAGUAACUGAACCCAUUUACAAACAGUACAGCGAUGACUGGUGUGUAUAUUUCAUAGUGUGUUAUCAAAAUUUUUUAAUAAAAUAUGAAAUUAUAACCUAGUAUGAAAUUAUAUUAAUGACAUAUAGUGCUACGCUUUAAAGUGCAUAUAACUAUCCUAGUCAUUCAGAUCAGGAGAUGAUAUUUUGAUAUUAACAUUUCAAAUGUUGACUCACAACACAUUUACACUGGCUAUAGAAUAUUUUCAAAACAGUUAUGAACUGUUUUUAAUUUCGGAACAUAUUACAAAAAAUAUUUUGGUUGUUAAUAUAAUAAAUAUUCCUUCCAAAACAUUUUUGAAAGAAAAAAAUAUAUAGAUAUAUAUAUAUAUAUAUAUAUAAUGUAAUGUAAUCCACUUAUUAGUUAUUGUGCUUUGAUAGGAAAAUAUCAAUUACUGGCAGAGUGGUUGUAAUGAGAAUUCUGUGUUUCUGACGUUUUUUCCUUCCUGCUCCUGAUACAGAAUACAUACAAUGGAAUAUUGAUCAUAUAGCCUGCCACUAUCCUCCAAAGUCCAAACUGAUGUUUCAAUUUUUCUGAAAGUGAGAACAUGUCUGAUUUAAUGCAUGAAAUAUCUGGUCCCAGUGAUGCAGAUGUUUUCAUUGUUAUUUUCCCGGCGGGAUAGAAAAAUUGUAGAAAUAUAACGUUGUCAUUCCGCAGUAGUAAGCUCGUUCAAUAGGCUUACCGGUAAACAGAAUCGGAUAAUAAGGGUACCAUCAUCCAAUCCAGGUUUUUAAAGAUAUUGAAAAAAUGCAUGAGGUGAUUUUUCAUAUUCGUAAUAGUUUAUUCCAUAUAUGAAAAAGUAAAUUUCAAAAUAAGCUUUUUAGACUGCUAAAUCCUGAUCAAACACAGCGUAAAAUGAAAUCACGCAAAAUUUUGACAUGAAAUUGUUAGAUUGAUAGAAAAAUUAUUCUGCAGAGGAAUAUGUGAGAUCCACAGGUCUGUUAAUUCACUAACUGAUUCUUAGUCCUGAUGUCUAUAAAACAUAUAUAUUAACAAUAUUUAUAUAAAUUUCAAAUCUUAAUACUAAAGUUACGUUAGAAUAUUGUUUUUUUUUACUUUCUUCUUUUUCACCUUCGGUUAAUUAUAACAUAAUAUAUAAAUUAAAUUGAAAUGGAGGAAAGAGGUUAGAUAUAGUGGGUGAUAAAAAGAAUCUGGUGUUAAAGUCAUUAUUUAAUGGAGAUGAAAAACAAAGUGCUCUAAAUCUAUGUUUGUGAUAAACAGUGUAAAUCAGAUGGUAUUGUGUAUGUUGAAAUGUGUCAUGAAUGUGUUGAUUUUCCACAUGAUUAAUAUUACAUUGAUGUUUCUAGGUAUUAUUUUUUCGCUUAUAUAUUAAUGUUUAUGUGCAUAUUUUCCUUCCUGCUCUAAUGAGAAAAAUUCUAGUGAAUAAGAAAUGUUUAAUUGCUGUUAAAUUAACUGAAAUCGAAGCAAUCCAGUAUGUUAGGAAUAAAAAAAUGUUUUUAGAAGACGAAUGUUGGUUUGAUAUCUAAAAAGAAAAAGAUUUGUUUUGAUGUGACUGACUCAUUUAUAGCUGUUUUACAGAGCUGAGGAUUUCAGAGAGUUACACACUGUAGGUUAAAUAACACAGGUAAGCUGUACAGUUGUAGAGUAUGGCAAAUUGUGUUGUGGCAAUUUUCUUUAAGAAAAGUGCUUUACUAUUUGACAAAAGCAUAGUUUCUUCAUCUUUGUGUGCAAUACUUUGGUGUCUGAAUAGACAGGUUUCACUGUAUACAUUAAUAUAUAAUUCUGCUGUCUUUAAAUCCAUCAUAACAGUCAAAAACUGAGAAUUUUAUCAAUUACAUCAGUCCAAGGGAGAUAACUGGAUGAAAUCCAUUAACCUUUUAGCUUUCUGUUGCUAUUGAUAGAAUGGUCAGUGAUUUUAUAGUUAAUCAUGUGAUUUGAUGCCGAUAUUGAUUUUAAACUUUUUUGAUAUAUAUGAAUUAUGAAAUUCUACAUUCAAACAAAUAUACAAUGAAUUUCAAUUUUUUUUUUUUUUUAAUAUAAAGUUAAAGUCUUGCUGAUCGUGCCGUCUUUGUUCACUUUAAAGUAAUGUUGGUUAUUUCUAAAGAGAAAAAAGUACUACUGAUAGCACAGAUAUAGACUGGGCUGGUGACAGGAUUAGCAUGGUCCAUUUGUCACAAUCACUAAAAGAUUUCAUUUUCUACUUCUAAUAUUUGUUUCUGGAAUCUACUCGGGCUGAAAUGGUUUGACAAGGGAAAUUAUGUAAUUAUGCAGCAUUUAAACUUCAGAAUUAAGGAAUUUUUCUUCUUUAUAUUUAAAGUUUUUCAUUUUCUUUGGUUAUUUGUGUCUUCAUCGUUGAUGUUAUUUUUACUUUAAUGGAAUUAUUUGAAGACGUUAGUAAUCCUUAAAAAACAAGUUACUGUGUACCAUAUCUACAUUAUGUAGUACUGUUAAUUAAUGUUACAUGGGUUUGGAAUGCUUUUUGGGAUAACGAGUUUUUAUCAAGGAAUUUAAAUCUAUUUUUAAUUACCCUAUAAGGUACACAAUAAUGAUAUUUUUUCUGGAUGACUUAUAUUGAUUGCUCAUUUUUGUGUUUUGAUUAUCCAAUUAGUUAUUACUACAUUAUUGUGGUAUUGUUUGUUUAUGAGGUAUUUUAAAUGACCUGAAUAUGAGAAGUAUUGAAGAUAUAAACACGGGUACCCGUGUGAGUUUGUAUAAAUGGCGUUUUUUGUUUUGUUGUAAUGUGUGACCGUUAGGGCAGCAUAUUGUAUUAUACUGAUGUAAUACAUUAAACAAAAUAAUGAUGAUGUUGAUGGAAUUAUGAUAAUGAUUUACCUGUUGCUACAUCAUAUAUUGUAAAAAAAACAUGAAAAUAAUACAAAUAUAUAUAAAUAUAUAUUUCAAGUUUUGAAAAAACUACCAGUCAUAAUUUCUAGAGCAUGAUAUGUGUGUUAGAAUGUACUCGAUGUCAUAAAGUUUGUGACAAUAAACAGGAUUUCAUUAUUAGCCUCUCACUAUCAUCUGUAUACUUGUGUAUCGGCAUAUAUACAUUAUAUAUAUUCAAAUAUAUACUUAGCAUAAAUGUGACAAAAUUUGGACACUGUAAAUAUAUGGAUUUGUUGUGAAAACUUCACAAGAUUUUAAGAGUUUGGACAGAAUCAGUCCUGGAGUAUUAUGAAUCAAUCUUUUCUGUAUCUAGAUUGUCUUCACAUAAUCCUGGGACUUAAAGAGAUAUUUUUAAUUGUUAAGGUUCAAUGAAAAUUGCCUUAAUGUGUUGGUGAGGACCCCCUAAAAAAUAAAAUCAUUUUAAUGGGGCCCCAGAAGGGGCAACCACAUUAAUAAGGUCCUAACAGGGAAAUUCACAUUAUGAGGCCCCAAGAAGGGGUGAUCACUUAUCAUUUAUCACUCAUAUUAAGAUGAAUCAUGAUGAUUCAACCACACGCAGUGUUUAUUUAUACAUGUAUAUAUACAUGUAAACUGCCAGUAAGUUAUAAUUAACAUUUCCCUUCCUCUAAUGAUUUUAUGAUUAGUUUUAUUUGCGUUUAUUUAACAUAUACCGAAGGUACUGUGUUUGGUUAUUAAAAUCUGGUAGAUUUAUUUUUGACAAUUCAAGAAAAUUAUGUUGGUAAUGUUUGAAAAGUCUCAUUAAAUGAGAUAUUUUUCACAAGGGUUGUAUUGGAUAUUUGUGAUCCUAUGAUCUGUUUUGUUAAUUCAUAAGAAAAUUACCCUUCCCCACCCCUUACAUUUUAAAGAACAUUAAAAACAUCAUGUAUUUCCACUAACGACAUGUCAUACUUAAUUCACUCAAUAAAUGGUAGCUUGAAAUGAU